AUGACGGUGUCGUCCUUGCCCUGCGUGAUCACCACCACCCGCUUCCUCGCCUCGUUCACCUUCGGCAGCUCCGUCAUCUUGAGCGCUAUCUCCUCCACCUUCUCCGUCUGCUCACAGCCCGUAGUCCACGUAGCUGCACGGGCGGGCAUGGGCGGACAUGGGCGGGUGGACAUGGGCGGGUGGACAUGGGCGGGUGGACAUGGGCGGGUGGACAUGGGCGGGUGGACAUGGGCGGGUGGACAUGGGCGGGUGGACAUGGGCGGGUGGACAUGGGCGGGUGUGGACAUGGGCGGGUGGACAUGGGCGGGUGGACAUGGGCGGGUGGACAUGGGCGGGUGGACAUGGGCGGGUGGACAUGGGCGGGGUGGACAUGGGCGGGUGGACAUGGGCGGGUGGACAUGGGCGGGUGGACAUGGGCGGGUGGACAUGGGCGGGUGGACAUGGGCGGGUGGACAUGGGCGGGUGGACAUGGGCGGGUGGACAUGGGCGGGUGGACAUGGGCGGGUGGACAUGGGCGGGUGGACAUGGGCGGGUGGACAUGGGCGGGUGGACAUGGGCGGGUGGACAUGGGCGGGUGGACAUGGGCGGGUGGACAUGGGCGGGUGGACAUGGGCGGGUGGACAUGGGCGGGUGGACAUGGGCGGGUGGACAUGGGCGGGUGGACAUGGGCGGGUGGACAUGGGCGGGUGGACAUGGGCGGGUGGACAUGGGCGGGUGGACAUGGGCGGGUGGACAUGGGCGGGUGGACAUGGGCGGGUGGACAUGGGCGGGUGGACAUGGGCGGGUGGACAUGGGCGGGUGGACAUGGGCGGGUGGACAUGGGCGGGUGGACAUGGGCGGGUGGACAUGGGCGGGUGGACAUGGGCGGGUGGACAUGGGCGGGGUGGACAUGGGCGGGUGGACAUGGGCGGGUGGACAUGGGCGGGUGGACAUGGGCGGGUGGACAUGGGCGGGUGGACAUGGGCGGGUGGACAUGGGCGGGUGGACAUGGGCGGACAUGGGGAAGGCACGCAUGACAGGGCAGGCGUGAGAGGGUGGGCAUGGGAGGAGAGGCAUGGGAGGGAAGGCAUGGCGGCGGAGGAGGGAGGACUGGUGAGUGAAAGUAGAUUACUCAGGGACAGGAAAAGGAAGGGAGGCGGGGGUGCAUGA